GGGCUUUAAUCCAGGAUGAAUGAAUGCUACUAUGAUAAGCGCAUGGACUUUUUCUACAACAAGACAAACACUGACACAGUAGAUGAGUGGACAGGGCCAAAGCUUAUUGUUGUUCUGUGUUUUGGGACAUUUUUCUGCCUCUUUAUUUUCAUUUCAAAUUCAUUGGUCAUAGCAGCUGUGGUCAAGAACAGGAGGUUUCAUUUUCCCUUUUACUAUCUCCUGGCCAACUUAGCUGCUGCAGACUUUUUUGCUGGAAUUGCCUAUGUCUUCUUGAUGUUCAACACUGGCCCAGUGUCUAAGACUUUAACUGUUAACCGCUGGUUUUUGCGUCAGGGUCUUCUGGACACCAGCCUGACAGCUUCCCUGGUGAAUCUUCUCGUCAUAGCUGUUGAGCGGCACAUGUCGAUAAUGCGGAUGAAGAUCCACAGUAAUCUCACAAAGAAGAGAGUCACCUUUUUGAUUAUAUCAAUUUGGGCCAUUGCUAUUUUCAUGGGUGCUGUUCCCACCCUGGGUUGGAACUGCCUCUGUGACAUUACCGCCUGUUCAUCGCUGGCACCUAUUUACAGCAGAAGUUACCUGGUGUUCUGGAGUGUCUUAAACCUAGUUGUCUUCUUCAUUAUGGUGGUGGUUUACAUAAGGAUCUACAUGUAUGUCCAGAGGAAAACUAAUGUCUUGUCAUCGCACACUAGUGGAUCCAUUAGCCGUAGGAGAACCCCUGUGAAGCUUAUGAAGACUGUCAUGACUCUAUUAGGUGCUUUUGUUGUAUGCUGGACCCCUGGCCUGGUCGUCUUACUGCUCGAUGGUCUGAACUGCACCUACUGUGGGAUUCAGAAUGUUAAAAGGUGGUUUCUUCUCCUGGCCCUGUUGAACUCUGUCAUGAAUCCAAUAAUUUAUUCAUACAAAGAUGAUGAAAUGUGGGGUACCAUGAAAAGGAUGAUUUGCUGCUCUUCUGAGGAUAAGAGCCAGGACAGACGCUCAUCGCGGAUCCCCUCGACAGUUCUCUGCAGGAGCACGGAUACUUCGGGGCACUACAUUGAAGAUGGGAUUAUUCAAGGGACAAUUUGUGGAAAGGGAGAUCUUGGUGACAAAGGAAACUCCUGA